AACAUCACAGGUAAUCACACUACUGACAACUUGUCCAAGUGUGGUCCGCCUUUUGAGUUGGUUGUUCACAUGCCCGAUGUGCAGUAGCCAGACGUAUUGAAUUUUGUCAUAAAUGGCGCCCCAUACAUUAUGCAAUCUUUUAUGAAAGCCACAAACUUCACAAGAUCGGCAUAUUCCUUCCAUACUAGCCCCAUAUAUCGCACUCUACGGCUUCUAAUAUAUAACGUUAUCAUAACAGAUAUCAAAACUAACAAAAAGAUGGCUCUCCCGAUCAGACGGAUGAAACAAAGAUGCCAACAGAUGGCAGCCCUGAGGAGAAGGGGGACAAACUAAUCAAAGACAAGCCAAACAGGAAAGAGUCGCUAUUGUCGAAUAGAGCGAACAAACCUCAAUUAACCCCUGAAGAGCAGGAGCUGGCAUAUGAGCUGAAAGCCCAAAUGAUGCGUACCAUCGAAGUUCAGAACACCAAGUUAAAAACAGAGUUAGCUCUCCAUGACAAGAUGCAAGAAUUGCGGGUAACGACACCUUCGCACAGGAACCGGAUUGAUGAGUGUAAUUUGUCUAGAACAAACCUGGUGAAGCUCAUGCGUUUAUAUGAGAAACGAGCAAAUGAGGCUACCAACAACGUAGUUGAUCUAAAACAAGAACUCCAGAAGAGCCAGUUCAUGACACAAAAAUUUCAGAGCCUCUACGAAAGUGAGAAGAGGAAAAACUCAUCUCCGGGACAAAAGACUUUGUUCUCAAAAGGUGAUGAGCAGAAUGAAAUUAGUCAUACCUGUACAGAUUCUGAAACUGCAUCAACUCAAGGUUCCCGUAUGCGUAGACCAUUUACACCUAUGAUGAGACCGCAGUCAAUGGCUGGAUUCAGAUUUGAUGAUUUUCAACGAAAGAGUGAGUACCUGAUCAUGGAGAAUGAGAACCUCAAGCAGGAAAUCAUACGACUCAAGAAUGACAAUGCCAGAUUGAUUCAACAGACCAAGCAUGCUGAAAGUGAUAGGGCAACUAUGUGUCAUCAGAUAAUCACUCGUGACAUGUCCAGGAAACAACUUGUGAAUAAAUUAGAAAAGGAACGCAAAGAACAUCGUCAACUGAACAAAAGUCUGACAAGGCAAGCAGCAGAUUGGCUGCAGCAGAAAAAGAUGGCUCAACAGUUGGAGGAAGAAAUGCGUUGGAAUCAGGUUGGUCCAGUAGCUGUUCUUGGAGCUGAAGGUCGAACCUAUUCCCACAAAGUAACAAAGAAUGUCUACCAGCCUCACAUGAUGAUGCCUGUCGAGAAAUACGCAGGAACAACAUCCAGCCACUUUUAAUGUUACGUGCACUGUCGUUCAAAUGAACAAAAAGUAAAAAAUUUGAAGACAAUUCAUUGAGUCAAAUUAAUCAAAAGUAGGUGGAUUAAAUGUAUUAGUGACAAUCGAAUAAAAUCAAAAUUUUACGUUGAGAACUUUUUUUGAAAGCGCAUUCCUCAGUCCUAACCAAACAUGUAUAUCAAUUCUAUUGUUGUAGAUCAGAUUUUAUAUAUAUACAUAAUACAUGUACAUGUAUUGUAAUAAUGAUUGCUGGAUGUAUCACUGUACAUGUAGAUGAAUACAUGUAGUAAACUGUGUUUCCAUGCUGCUUACCCUGGUAUAAGCUCUUACAUGUUAGCGUGUGAAAGAAUUCCAACAACCUGGGUCAGUUGCUGAAACAACGAUAGCAGUACUACAUGUACAGUUGUGAUGAUCUCGUGUUUUCUAUCUUGAACUGACAUGACCAGUAACUUUCAGUAUAGAUGCCUACAAUGUACAAUGGGUCUAUGGUAAAGUGUAUACGGUAUUAGAAUUUUUGUGCUAGUUCCAGAAAUGCCAUAAGUAUGCCCAAAUUUAGUUGAAUCUCAACUUUUUUUAACCCUGAGUAUCAAACGUAGUCCUUUGUCUUUCUUGAGAUGUUCCUCUUUCUUGAGAGAAAUGCAAUGAAAGUGAAUUUUUUAGAUUGUUUUUCGCACAUACGUAUGUACGUGUAGUCAUUUUUUCAACUUGUCAAAUGGUUAAUGAUCAAGUAAAAAGUGAUAGGACAGUUUUAUAUAUCAAUAUUUGAUGUUAAGCUUUUGCUGAGUAAAGAUAUCUAUUUUGUUAGUAACCUCUGUC